UACUAUAAAAACCUAAGAAUACUCCUUCGUUUCCAAAGUUAGCAAAAAUACAAACCCUACCCAUUCACCCAUCUGGUUCACCGGAAACAACAUCGGCGGCAGCGGAGGCUUCUCCGGCGACCCAAAAGUGAGAUUAUGGAUAGCAUGAAGAAAAUGAGUUUUGAUUCAAAUUGGCAUUGGACAAAUGAGAGACACACUGAUUUCUUGAACUCCAUGGAGGCUUCAUUUGUUCGAACAAUGUUCGAAGGUCAAAUUUCUCGUCUUGAUCGCUAUAUACCGGACACGACGGAAUCUACGCAGGAUUUGGGGAAGGAAAGACGAAGAAGAUAUUCUACCUCAGAGUUGAACAGGCGAAAGAAGGAUAAGAGAACCAGAUUAUUGUCAUCUCAAUCGGAUAUUUCUUCACAAGAUCAGGUGGUCCCACAAGUGAACAACAAAAGAGAUGAUAAGGAAAAUGAUGAGACUUGAAAGAGACCAUCUUGAUGUUCCCAAUUGUGUAGAAUGUUAAUUUGUACCUUUGUUGUGUGUUUUUCAAUUUGUUAUUUCUCUUUUCAUCUUUGAAAAAUCUUUGGUUUUAUGCAACUUAGAAGUUGUUAGAAUAAAUUGGUACCUUAAUUUUGGUCUCAA